UCGUUGUUUUUAUGUGAUAUAUUAAGUGAAGGAUUUUGGUGUUCGUAAAAAAAUCAUAUGAGUUUUUGACUCGAUGGAUCUAAUGGUAAAAAGGCACUUGCUAGCAAAAAGCAAAGUGGCUACCAUUUCCAGGGGGGAGGAGGGCACUCAGUUUACAUGUGUCGAGUGUUCCGCUCAGUACGAUGAUAAAGAGAAAUUAGAAUUGCAUCUGUACUCACAUUACCAUACAUACAGAUUCGUAUGUGAAAUAUGCGGUACUGGAUUGAAGCGUAAGGAACAUUUAGAUAGACACAUGCAGGAGCACUUGGAGUACAGGCCGCAUGUCUGCCCUGAGUGCGGCAAGGCUUUCAAACGUAAAGAGCAUCUGAACAUACACAGCUCUAUUCAUAAAGGGGACAAGAAUCUAAUGUGUUCAUUGUGCCACAAAUCAUUCUAUCGCAAGGAUCACCUCCAAAAGCACCUUCAGACUCAUAACAAACAUUUCUUGGAAGUUAACAUCAACCCAGUGAGUGAACAGGAGUUAGACAUCAAGCAGGAACCCGUGGAGCUCGAGGAGCUCCAGCCAAUCAUUACUAAUGUCACGGGGAAUGCUGAUUGUGACAAUACUUCAGAGGUGGACGAAACCGGUGAUGUGAGUAGCAAAUUAAUGAGAAACUUGAAGCCUGAUAGUGCAAGGCCUCAUGUGUGCACUAUCUGCGGCAAGAAUUACAAAAGGAAAGACCAUCUAAAGAUACACAGCUGGACGCAUAAAGAGAAAGAGGUUCUAUGCGGCCAGUGCGGGAAAGCGUUCCACACAGAGGACCAGAUGAUGGUGCACGUAAACCUGGUUCACCUUCGAGCUCAUGAAACAAAUAACGCGGGUAUCAAUCAGCUGAAAGCCCUUCUGGGCGACCAAAUAGACAUCGAAGUGCUUGAUGAUACGCCUUCACUAUUGGUACCGAGAAAGAGGCAAUAUAUGGAAAGUCGACCUCACGAGUGCCCAGUCUGCCAACGAAGGUUCAAGAGAAAACAGCAUUUGAAGAUACAUGCCAACAUUCAUCUCAAAUUGCCACAGAACGCAAAUACAGUGUGGUGUUCGCUUUGUAAUGAAGGUUUCGCAGAUAAUGCAGUUUUUGAGAGCCACGAUUGCCAGUGGGGAUGCCAGGAGCAAGCAGAGGGUGACGACUACGAGUCUCCCGAACUGAGUUCUGAACUAAACUCACCCCACGACACUAAAAAGGAAAAUAACCCUAUUGAAUUCGUCGAGAUAUAUAUAUAUAAUUUGCUACAGGUGGUGGUAGACGAGGUCGAGGCGAACAUCCCGACCCCGCGGCGCGUGUUCGUGUGCAAGUACUGCAACAAGCCCUUCAAGCGGAAGGACCACUACAAGAUACAUUUACACGUCCACACCGGCAUCAAGUCAUUCUUCUGCCCCGACUGCGGGAAAGGUUUCUACAGAAAGGAUCAUCUUCAGAAGCACAUGAUAGUUCACGCCAAAUUCAAGACGCGACCUCGACCUAAAAGAACCGUUCCGGAUCUAUUUCCAAUCGAUAUGCUACCCAAGAAAGAGAUCAAGCCAGAGAUUACUAUACACGCUCCAUCGAACUCGAAACUGCGAGUCCCGCUGCAAAUAAAGGUUCCUUACCAGAUGGUAACGUCUCUGGAGAAUGGCGAGCGACACGCGGUCACUGUAGACCCUUCUGAGUCGCACCAUAGUGUUACUAGCGACGACACGGACUACUAG